AUGUACUUGGAUAACAAAGAUGACAGUACAAUUUCUAGGCAACAAGAGAUGGAGCUGAGUCAGACACCUUUACAUCAAACCAGUUUGUCUGCAAAGGUGGCAGCCAAAUCAGUGACCAGAAGUUGCAAUGAGCUGCAGCUGUUACAAGAGUAUCAUGGCAUGGUAGCAAGUCUUGGAGAGCCACAGAUCCUGUGUGAAAAACCAGCAAUAAGGAAGGAUGGCUGCAUUGCUCUGGGGAGGGAUUUCACUCCAGUCCCUAUGCAGGGAAGAUAUCACUUCAACUUUUCCAAAUUAUUCAGCUCAAGGUCAAAAAACACUGGCUUUACAGAGAAGACACCAUUACUGAAGGUUUCCCCAGAGGAAAAUGGGUUGCAGUGCAUCGCUCUUCAUAAUCCAGAUUUUACCACAGAUGAUGAUUCAUGGGACAACAGCUCUGCAGAAUUUGAGCAAAGGUUUCAACUGGGAGGUGAAAUCACGAGUUUUUCCAGAUCUGCUUCUUCUGAGAAAUACGAAAUCUUGGACAACCUUCAUGUCAAGUUCAAUUUAUCAAAGAUGAGAUGCUGUCUAAAAUUCCUAAAAGUUUCAGGCCUUUUUAUCUUUGUAGUUGUCUGCUCUAUUUUAUUUGGCAUUUAUCCAGAUCAAGGUGUGCCCUGGCAGAUGUUGGCUAUAUCACCUCAGGAAAGCUUCUCUAUGAAUCUGACCGAUUUUCGUGACUCUGCUCUGUUGAAGUUAGACAUGGGAGGCCCAUUUGUAGCAGAUGUAGUUGAUCAGCAAACAGAAGAAUACAUUGUAGUACAAAUCAGCCAGACUGAAGAUGCUGGAUCGAGGAGAAGACGCCAGCAGCAGGCAGUGUACAACUGGUCUCUACCCUUAAGUUCCAGAAGAAAUCGUCAAAUCAUCACAACUAGAACUUUUCAGAUACAAAACAGAGGCACCAUGUUCAUAAACAUCCAAGCUUUCCUACAGGAGCCUAGAAGUGUUCCUCUCUCCAUGAAGCAUCAAUACCUUCAUGCAAAUAUAGAGGCACAAGUAACAAUUGCCUCCAUCAUCUUAGUAGGUGUCUACGUGCUGAUCAUACUGGAA